GCGAUAGUUGCAGCAGCAGCUGAGAUCCCUGGAGCAGAGGGACUUGACAUGUCAACAAAAGAGAUAAAUUAUCACCACACAGGCAUGUAAAUGUCUCCUGGUGUGGAAUAACCUGACAGGGAAACACGUGAACCUCCCUCCAAUCCAUCCUCUCCAGCAGCAUCGUCACCUGCAGUCUCCAUGACGACCCCUCCUCUCGUGUCACCUUUUGGCGGGCAGCCGCCACCUCAGCAGCAGCAACAGCAGCAGCAGGCUCAGGCAGCACGGGACGUCAACACGGCCUCGCUGUGUCGCAUCGGUCAGGAGACGGUCCAAGACAUCGUCCUCAGGACCAUGGAGAUCUUCCAGCUCCUCAGAAACAUGCAGCUGCCUAAUGGAGUCACUUACCACCCCAACACCCACCAGGACAGGCUGGGGAAACUCCAGGAGCAUCUACGAACGCUUUCUGUGCUCUUCCGCAAGCUGCGCCUCGUCUACGAUAAAUGCAACGAAAACUGUGCCGGCCUCGACCCCAUACCUCCAGAGCAACUGAUACCCUUUGUGGAAGAUGACGGCUCCAAACAUGAAGACCGAUCAGGUGGACAGAGCCGCUCUGCCAGUGAGGAAAGGAGAGAAAUCCUGGAGGUCAACAAGAAGCUGAAGCAGAAGAACCAGCACCUGAAACAGAUCAUGGACCAACUCCGCAACCUCAUCUGGGAGAUCAACUCCAUGCUGGCUGUUACCACAGACUGGCUGAAGCAGUGCUUCACAGAAGGAAUUGGUACUCUAGCAAUAUCAAAAGGCUUCUAAAAGAAGACAUUAAAGAACAGAGGAUACACAAGAGGAGACAAAUGAGGGCAAGACAUCCCAUGGAGGAGCCAGGGGAUGGAGGGCACCGGUGUCAUCAGCAUGGCAGAAAAGAUUCUGUCUACCUCGACAUUCAACAUUACAAUCAGCAUUUUUUUCCUUCUCAGUUAAUCUGAAGAGUUAAUGUUUUAUCUGUCUGUAGCUGCUAGCUCAAUAGAGGGUUUAUGCCUGUAGAGAAAUUGAUAUAUUCUAUUUAAUCCUUAUAUUCUGUUACAUGCCUAUGUUACAAAUGUAUAUUGUACUUGAGAACUUCAAUAAGAAAAAACACUGUGGCAAAA